GAUUCAUGCUGUCAGGAUGCCAUGAAGCGACAGGCUGGCCAUCAUCAUUCUUAUUUAAGUACCACUACUAGAUAAACUGGCAGACUGGCCGGAAACGCCCGCCCGCAAAUGGGAUCCGAAUGUUGUUUCAGGUUCAAUUUUACCCCUAAGCCAGCAACUGAGCCACCAGUUACCAGCUGUGAUCUGGAUGCGAGAGCCAAAAUCGUGGUUGUUAUGUAGCCAAAUGUGCCGGGGUCGAUGAGUGGCGUCAUAAUCCUUUGGCAGACUUUGUCUAAAAUGGCGAGAACUCCUGAAGUCUCCCACCGCGACGUCGCUGCUGCAACACUCUCUCGCUACUUGAUCUCGUUCAGUCAUUCAAUGGCCCCAGAUGGUUGUGACCACAUAUGAAACUAAGACAGAUGGGAAGGACGGUCUAGGCCUCUUAACAACGUUGGAACGAGCUAGUCCUACUGUUACAGUCACGGGGGCUCUUGAACUCUCAACCAUUUCGGAUUUGAGUGAGGAGACAGCCAUCCCACCCACUUCGACUGCUCAAACCUCGAGCGCAACGCGUACCUCGAGCCCGGGCCCAAUCUCAACGUCGACAACCGCACCAAGCCCAACGCAGCUAUCCACCGCCUCCAUCGUAGGAAUAGCGCUGGGCUCCGUCGCCGGAGGAGUCCUGGUUUUAGUAUGCCUGCUCUUCGCCUUCGGCUUCCGAGUCCAGUGUGCGAAACGGCGCCGGCAUAUCACGCCGACAGAGGCACCACAGCUAACAGAUGACCAUCCUGCUGCAGAGUUGGCAGAUUCCGAGUAUCUAAAGAAGGUCGAGAGGCUACACAAAGGCACGAAGCCGGAGUUGGAAGGAAGCACGACCCUGGAGUCGCUGUGGGGGCUUUUUUCAGCCAGGCCUCUACGCACAGGCGGUUUACGAGGCGAUGCUGCUGAGAUCGCGGCCGGACCUUUGAACUCGGUGCCCCAUGAACUCCCGGGAGACGGUAUGAUGCAGCCGCGGAGCGAGGAGCCACGUGAUACUCAGAAUGCCACGUAAGGCAUACUAACAUUUGUAAGCUGUCUCAAGGAUGUCGUACCCGUCUACUUAGACAGGUCAUGUUCCAUCU